UCUGGUUCUCUCUCGGUUCUCUCUGGUUCCCUGACCUCGGCCUGUGUGUCUGGUUCCAGAUGAAGGUGGAGGGUCUGCAGGAGGACGGGGCGGUGGCCCCUCCCUCGGUGGCGGUGGCCCCUCCCUCGGUGGCGGAGCGCUGCAUGUCCCGCCUCCUCAGUGCGGUGGAGAGUGAGCUGAGGGCCGGGCGAGAGAAGGGCGACCCCACGGAGAGAGAGCUCAGGGUGAAGCUGGAGGACGGAGAACUUUGGAGGAAGUUCCAGAGGGUCACGAACGAGAUGAUCGUCACCAAGAACGGACGGCGGAUGUUCCCGGUGCUGAAGGUCAGUGUUUCGGGACUCGACCCCAGCUCCAUGUACUCCUUCCUGCUGGACUUCGUCCCGGCCGAUGGCUGCCGCUGGAAGUUCGUCAACGGGGAGUGGGUGACCGCUGGGCCCCGGGCCACAGAGGGCGGGACCUCUGAGGGGCGGGGCCCCGGCGGCGAGGGGCGGGGCCCCGGCGGCGAGGGGCGAGGCCCCGGCGGCGUCUACAUCCACCCUGAUUCUCCGAACUUUGGAGCCCACUGGAUGAAGGCGGCGGUGACCUUCAACAAGGUCAAACUCACCAACAAGGUCAACGGGGGCGGACAGAUCAUGCUCCACUCGCUCCAUAAGUACGAGCCUCAGCUCCACAUCGUGUGUGUCGGCUCUCGCCAUCGUCUCGUGUCCAACGUGUCCUUCAAGGAGACGCAGUUCAUCGCUGUCACCGCCUACCAGAACGAGGAGAUCACAGCUCUGAAGAUCAAAUACAACCCGUUCGCUAAGGCCUUCCUGGACGCCAAGGACAGGAACCCAGGGGGGCGGGGUUUACCAGAGUCAUCGGAGAGCUGCGUUGGGAUACAGUCCUGUUGGUCGCUGUGCUCGGCUGGAGGAGGCGGAGCUUUUCCUUAUGGCAGAGGCCUCCCACUGCCAUCCCAUCAUCAUCAUGGUUACAAGCACCACGGUUACCCAGGGAGACACACGCCGUACCCGGCCUACCUGCCGCACCGCUCCCACCCCUCAGGUGUCCAGGUGUUGUCGGACGGAUGGAACAGCUCCUCUCCUCGUCCGGCCUCCUCCUCUUCCUCCUCCACAUCCCUCCCCCUGACAUGCAACGUCUCUGUCUCCCAGGCCCCUCCUCCUCCUCCUCCUCCCCCUCCUCCUCCUCACAGCUCCAGUCAGUACCCCUGCCUCUGGACGGUUGGAUGCACUGAGCUAAGUCCCUCCCACUCACCAUGCGCCUCUCUUCAUGGACCAAUCAGCAGCGAGGGCCUCAUGCAACCUCCCAGCCACGGUCGAGUGGGCGGUGCUAGUUGGCCUCCUAGCCACACCCACUCGUUCUGAGGAUGUACUUCGCUAACUGUUUUUACUGGCUAAAAAAAUUUAUCCACAACGACAUGCUGCUAACUGCUAACAGCUAAUCAUUAAUGAAUGCUCCAGUGUUAGCACUCAUCAGCUACCAGAGGCUAGUGCAGCUGAAUGUAAAUAAUAAAACGUAAUGUGAUGAGUGUUGAUUUUGUGUUGUCAUGGCGCCCCCUGGUGUCUGCUGACGGUAAAAUAUCCAAGUUAAAAAAACAAAGACGUGUCCAGUUUAGUCGUUUGUUGAGCUGCUGCAUGUUUUUCACGUCAAAAGUAUAAAAAUAAAAAUAAAAAUCCUACAGCUUGUGUAUUUUGUGCCUGGA